AUGCAGAGACUGUUAGGGCGGCUUGAGGACACUCCUCCGCGAAAGUCCCCGGUGCCUGCGAAAGUGAGAGAGAUCAAAGUUUUGGAGGAGGUAGUUGUACGAUUUGCAGGAACAUUACGCAAAGGUGUGCUCGAAAACAUCUGGUUCGAGAGUAUCCGACACGGAUGUCGAGUUCACGUUCUGAGUGCUAAAGAAGGCGAUGGCUUUUACCGCAGAGUGAUUCUCUCGGGCACGGAACGUGCCACGGCGCUUGUUGCAGCUCAAUUCAUACGCGCCCAUGACUCCUUGAUUAUCGGCACUCCGUCGGAUGAGUCUAUAAUCCCGCUUGUCGCCUCAAGAGCUGCCCUGCAUGCUUCCAGGGCCGAGCCAGAUGGCUCCCCUGUGAUUCGCAAAAUUUGGGAUGACAGUUCGCUGGGUGAUGAUCUUUCAUCUUCCUCUCAUAGGCGUCCACCGAUCAAAUCUGUGGCGGAUUUUGCGACUUAUAUUGGUAGACUGACCAACGACUAUUCUCCCACGGGACAAAGUGGUAACGAAUCGACACAACCCUACAAGCAGGCGUCAUCUGUCAUUGGCCGACACGCUAUCGCAUCGCGUCUUGUAGCCGAAUUUCAACGGGAGGCUAACGCCAAGUACCUCUCUUCAGCAGCCUUGAAUCAGGCUUUGGAGUAUUUAGUCCAAGUUGACCAAUUGAAACAAGCGCGCAUGGUGUUUUCGAAAGCCGAGCAUGUGGUCACCACACAUACGUUCAAUAUUCUUCUCGAGGCCGCAGCCAAACGUCGCGAUCUCCGAGGAUUUGAGCGCCUUCUCCGUGCCAUGUUUCAGUCUCGGAUCCGGCCCACCGGAAAGACUUGGAUGGCGUUACUCACCGCGUUGGUGAAUCCUAACGUCAAAGCUAGAUUGAUCAAAGAGAUGGCCGAAAGGGGCCAUCUGAAGGAUCCAAACAUCGUUCGAGGAGCUUUACAGAUGACAAUCCAUGAUUCUUUGUUUCUUCAUCUCGAGGGUGGUGGCGACAUCAUCACCUUUAUCUCUUUGAUCGCGAAAACCUUUGGUGCGAACUGGUUUACGCCGCCGUUACUCGGUCAGAUGUUCCAAGCAACCUCUGACUUGAGGGAUCACCGAGCUGCCGGACAACUCCUCGAGUAUUGCCUUGACCGGAAGUUCAUCAUCAACGAUUCAAUUCUCCAUUCGGUUCUCGGCAUGUGUCACAACAAUUCAUUCGCUACAGCCCAUUUCACCUUGCGUUGCAUGGGGAGUCCCACGUUCAAGAUGACCCCAAGACUCUUCGAAAGGGUCUUCUUCAUUUUUUACAAAACCAGAAAACUGAACGCAUGCCGUGUCCUUUGGCAGUAUGCUUGCUUGACGGACUGUUUAACCGUGGCGAUGAAGCAUGCCGUCCGCAACGAUCUCACUCACCCUGUUCCUUUGACAGAGGCAGCUCCUCCGGGCAAAUGGGGCAGGAUUUUCCCAUUUCUUGUGAGCAAAGUGAUCUUGGGUGUUAACCCUACUUUCGAACUCGAAGAAUCUAUCAAAGAGGAUCUUCCUCCCGAGUUCCACGAGAACCCCCUCCGCUACUUCACCGAUGAACACAUGUACACCGAUCGAGAUAGCCAGGACCCCUUCUCUGUUCGUUUGGCGUGGGCGCUGCUCAAUCACGACAUCCAGGCUGGGCAAAACUCCGUUCCUCUGUAUUCCCUACCUAUUAUGUUGGAAGCUGCAACUGCCCUCGACCGUGAAUGGGGGACCAAGCCUAAAUCUCUGGAAUGGGCCUUACAGAACGCCAUCAAUGUGCCUGUGGCACAUGUGUUGUACUAG